UACAAGCUUGAGUAGCAACUCCACCGUUACUAAGUAAAACGGAAUCUUAGAAUUGAUAUUCUAAUAUUUAAAAAUUUAAUUGUUAAUACUUAAUUACAGAAAAUUAAUGCCCAGAGUUAUUAGUUAUUCCACAAUUAAGACUCAACUGAAGUUAAAGGAACUGACAUUAUAUCAACUUUCUGUAGGGAACUCAUAACAGGAAGUAAAUUGCAAGAAAUUGCUAAUAAUUUUUAUCAACCCAUAAAAGCAAGGACUCUUUAAGUAGAUUCCAAUACUAAUUUUAAAAUUUAUUUACAUUUUAUUAUAACAUUUGCUUUCUUCAUAAUGCAGUAGAAUUUAUACGGAACUAUCACUUUCUGGGUAUUUGUUUCAUAUAAAGUUCUGCUUUAAAUUUAUUUUAAUUUUUGAAUGUCUUACAAAAUGCCUCGCGGAAGACCUUCAAACCCCAAGACUAUAUGCGCAGACAUUGUUGAUGACGAAAAAAUUAGGCAAGAGUCAUGGACAUUUUAUGACCUCUUCAAACAAAUCUCCACAAAUGAUAUAGCAAUUACAUGGUUGGCGAAAUAUAAACUUAUAAGCAAUUCUGUUAUAUGUUCUGUUUGUGGGAACCCUUGUACAAUUAACGUCAUCAAGAGAAGUAUUGAUGGAAUACGAUGGCGAUGUCCCCAGCAUAACUUCUCACGAUCAAUCCGCAAAGGAUCCUUCUUUGAGAAAAGUCACCUCUCGCUCACAACAUUCAUAUGGCUUAUGUAUAUGUGGUCAAGAGAUUACCAACAUACUGAAAUGACACACGAGACAAACGUCAAUAAAAAUUCAACGACUGAUAUGUUUCGCCUCAUCCGAGAACUACUGGAACGGUUCCUGGAAGACCACCCGACUGAAUUAGGUGACGACCCACCCGAGAUUGGUGGGUUCGAUCUACAGACAGGUGAACCAAAAGUCGUUGAAAUAGAUGUCACCAAAUGUGUUAAAUCUAAGCGUAAUGAGAAAAAACACAAGAAAGAAUUUUGGAUUUUUGGUGGAAUUGAACGCGGAACUGAUAAAUGUUUUCUGGUGCCUAUUGAGUAUCAAAAUAAAGAAGCUUUCGAAGCUGCAAUUAUCCGAUGGAUUUUACCAGGUACCCAUAUUGUAUCUGAUAUAUGGGCUGAAUAUCUUCAAAUUGACCAGAUCCAACAAGGUAUAUAUACUCAUGAAUAUGUAGAUUACAAUGAGCCAGAAGAUAUAGAAAUUCACAUGAAAAACAUAGACAGGAUGUGGCUAAGAGUAAAAAAACAUUGUCAACGAAAGCGAAGGACAUUUUUAUUUCAGUCUUUAUUAACAGAAAUGAUGUGGCGAUCUCACUUUAAGAAUAAUGAUAAAUUUGCUGCCCUAAUUUAUUGUAUCAAACACUUGUAUAAAGUUUAAUAAAAUUGUUAUAUUUUUAUUUGUA